GAAACUUCCUUCUGCUGGGCUGUAGUGUCCAACCCCACUUCUGCAUAUAAACUCUAUCCUAUAUAGUUGACUUGCAUAACGCAUAGAGAUCUGCUCUCUGUGAAAAGAUGCUUUCCUUAUGCAUCCAAGUGUUUGUGGUACUGGUUGUAUGUGUAGCUGACACUGAGAACAGAGAUAUUUCAUAUCCAUUCAGAGCUUGGAAUAUGGUUGACCAACAAUUGCAGGAGCAACUUGCUGUUGUGUAUAAGGAGAUGGAAAGCUUGAAACAUGAACAAGUAGUAAUGAAACAAAAGCAAGAAGCCUUGAGCCAGGCAUUACCGUACUGUUCACAGAAACCUAUUGAUACAGACGUGGAGAUGAAUUUGACAUCACUACAAACUGGCAGCAACCAUCUGCUGUACCUCACCCAGGGUGAAGAUAGAGUCGAAGGAUCCGGUGAGGAUGACAGUGGCGCAGACCUUGACCCCUGCUUUCACUAUACCGUGUUGGACCAAGCCUGGAGAGCUACAAACUACAGCACCAAGAAUGUUGUUUGUGACAAUCGUGUCCAGUGGAAGGGCUGGUACCGUCUCUUCUACCGUGGGAAAACCAUCCAGAUGCCUGAGAGGUGCGUGAGGAAAGAAAUGUGUGGCACGCACGCUCCGCUGUGGCUGGUCGGAGGUCACCCCCGGGUGCGAGACGGAGUGGUCACUCGCAAAGUGUGUGGAAACUGGAGAGACAACUGCUGUUUGUUCAAAUCCCCUCCCAUUCAAGUCAAAGCAUGUCGGGGAAACUACUACGUCUACAAGUUUGUUAAACCGGUAGCUUGCCAUUUGGCAUAUUGUGCAGACAUUAACACACUUGUCUGUGGAAAGUGCAAAAAAACUGAGUCUUGCGUCAGUAGAGACAAAAUCACCUGGUUGUGUAAGAAAAACCAAAUGAGAGUGAAAGCAAACAUCCAUUUUUUUGCAACCUACCCGGGCAACAUCUCAGGAAAAGUGAACAAGAUCGUGUACAGGAAAGUGUAUGUGAAUCAAGGCGGGGCUUUCGACUCUCGCUCCGGGAUCUUCAGAGCUCCUGUUUCAGGCGUCUAUCAGUUCUUCUUCUCCACACAGACUGGGGGGAGUGGGGAAACUGAUCUAUGGCUUGUUGUUAACAAUUACUGGGUGGCUGUGUCCCAUAGUAAUGUUCAGGGCUCCAACUCAGUUGGGAAUCUCUCUACGUAUAUGACGACUCUGCGCAAGGGUGCUACGGUUUAUGUGACUCAUAAUCGUGGCCGCUCUUGGGCCAAUAGUGGAUCCAACACCAUUGCUUUUGGGGGUUCAUUACUGAUGGUGAGAAAAAUCUAAGGGAAUAUAAAAGACAACUGGAGCUGAGCUAUGAACAUUAUGAUUUACCCCUGGUUUCACAGACAAGGCUUAAGCCUAGUCCUAGACUAAAAUGCAUGUUUGUCUCAAGAUUCACACCAGUA